GUGAUUUCAAGAAAUGUCAGUGAAGUUUAUGUCAACUUAACGGAGAAUUUUUAUUUUAAUAACAUUUUGGAAUUUUCUUUGAAAUUUUAGUUAUGUCGAUGAUAUAUCCCAGACAUCGUCCUUAUGAUGAUGAAAUAUCCCUUUCUUUCAAAAGGCCUUGUGUUUGUACCGAGGAAAAUCUUGAUUAUGAAAGGAAUUAUGUUUAUGUAGAAGGAACUCAAACGGAUAAAAAUGUGUCAACAAAUAUAAGUGAACUUUCUGAAAACGUAUGGUACGAAAUUAGACCGCCGAAGUUAUUCGCAAAACAAAUAGUUCCAGUAGUAACCUCUAGACAAACUUAUAUUGCUCGAAUAUUAUUGGAUGGUAAGUUGACUAAUUUAGAAGAAGCGGAAGACGACGAAGUGACAGCUGUCAAAAAAGAGAAUACUAUCAAAAACGUCAGUAUGAACAUAAAAAAAUCUGCUGUCAGAUUCCUUGGGAAAGCAGGAGUGGAUUUCGAUUUUUAAUUAUAAUAUACACGGAAUAAAAUUAUUUCUACAACUAUAACAUGCAUAUUUGAUGAAAGAAAUAAAUCCCAAAAAUUUAAAAA